CUGAAAAAUGGCGGCAUAGACAAAAGGUAUGGUUCGUUUUCGUGGAAUUUCAGUAUUCUGUGAUAAUUCGGAUGUAGUCUUGCGACUUUGUCAUUCGCUGCAUAAUCUUCACUACAAGUCUGCUAACAGCCUUUCACGCUGCUUAGGCUGUGUUGUUUGGGGUGAGGCUUCAGGCUGCUUGAUGCCUGGCUGCCGCAGUGCCGGGGGGGUCCAGCAGCAGAGUGACCGUGCAGAAGCCCCCCCCCGCGCGGAGAUGAACGGAAAGGUGAUUCCCAACACGCCCCUGGCUGUGGACUACUGGCACGUGCGCAAGUGCAGUCACGUGCGCCUCUUCUUCCUGUCGCACGCGCACAGUGACCACACGUGCGGCCUGACGUCUACGUGGGCCAACCGGCCACUGUACUGCUCCCCGAUCAGUGCCAAACUGCUCGGACUGAAACUGCAGGUGAAGGAGAAAUGGAUCCACCCUCUCGAGGUGGGAGAGGCGCACCUUCUUCCAUUGGACGACGUGGGCAAGGAGACGCUCACUGUCACGCUGAUGGAUGCCAAUCACUGUCCAGGGGCCGUCAUGUUCCUCUUUCAGGGCUACUUUGGCACCAUCCUCUACACAGGGGACUUUCGCUAUACACCUACCAUGCUUCGCGAGCCCUGUCUCAGGUCCCACACUACCAUUGAUGUCCUGUACCUCGACAACACCCACUGUGACCCCACCCGCACACUUCCCUCCCGUCAGCAAGCCACUCAGCAAAUCAAAGAGAUCAUCCGUGCGCAUCCAGGACACGAUGUGGUCAUUGGCCUGUGUUCCCUGGGCAAGGAAACUCUUCUGAUACAACUGGCACUGGAGUUCCGCACAUGGGUGGAAGUGAGCCCCCAGAGGAUGGAGACACUGCGGACUCUGGAGCUGCCAGACGUCUUCACCACCGAACCUGGUGCCGGCCGCAUCCGAGUGGUGGAUCGGUCUGAGGUGCGAGCUGCCAGCCUGCUGGCAUGGAACCUGCAGCGCCCCACAUUGGCCAUCCUGCCCACCGGCCGACCCGUGGCAUCUUUCCACCCCAACAUCCAUGUGGUGCCCUACUCGGACCACUCCUCCUUCCGGGAGCUGGAAGACUUUGUCUCUGCCCUGCGCCCUGCCUCUCUGGUGCCCAUUGUGGGCCCAUGUGUCCCUCAGCUCUCCUCCCUCAUCUCCCCACGCAAACAGAGGUACCCUGUUAUUGUGCCUCAGUCUGUCCGCAACUGUAUGAUGAGAAGGCUGGACCCAGAGCCCAUUUUCCCAACCCCCUUGCCCAAGGUCAGUAGGCGUACCGCCUGUGGUGUGGUGUUUGAGUCCCCCCAAAAGACACCUUGUGUUUCCAAGGCUGACAUCAUAGACCUCUCUGAGGAAAUGGACAUUAGUGUAGACAGGGAUAUGGACAAACCCAUGAAAUGCUGCGGAAACCCUGUUGGGAAGCUGUGUAUUGAAGAUGUGACGUCCCUUGAUACAGCCCCUCUGCUGUCAGCAGAUACGGACAUGUCUGAGAGUUGCUUUCUCAGCCAGCUGAGCCAUAGCGACUGGGUAUUUCAUCCCAGGGUAAUCCUGCAGAGUAAAAUGCUGUCUUUGAAACCCAGGCUCCUGAGAGCCCCUGGCUCUUUACCACCAGUUAAUGAAGGCAUGUCUUCUGCGAGGAAAGGCAGAGACUCCACUUCCUCAACCACAUGCAGUAGCAGUCACUCCAGUCAUAUUUUUUCUGCAGCACCUGCCUUCUCCACUUCUGAGCUGUCACUUGACCCAGAGUUAGUCCUGCUAGCGGAGCUCCUCACCUUUCCCAGAGAGGACCUUUAUGGUAGCUACACUCUUGUGAAGCAGGCCUUCCAGGAUGGGCACCGCCUGGCUCCUGUGUGCCCCGUCCAGCUAGGCUCCUCUGCUUUCCACAGUACCGUAGAGCACUUCCUCAGCCUGCAGGCAGGGGGCACUGCCCCUGCACAGGUGUCAGCCACUCACUGACACCUCUCUGAGAAACAAACUCAGUCUUACCUGAUUCACGAAUGACAGGCGGUCAGUGUGUGUUUCUUCCCAAGUACCCUCAAUGUCUUCAUGUAAGAUGUCCUUAAAAAUUCCCACUCUGGCUUUAUCGUGCCUUUUGCAGGAGCUCCUGCUUUAAAACAUGCCAUGUGUAGCUUUUAAUAUUAUGGUUGGUUCAGGUGUCAGUCCUGCCAUAAUCAUGUCAGUGCAUUACCUGUAAUUCUUAAAGGAACACAUAUUCCUGUUCUGUUCUGUGUCUUAUGUUUAGCGGUGCUUGAAUGCGGUAGACACCUUCAUACAAGCAGUGUUGUUUUUUUUUUAAUAUCCCAAAUGAAUCCGACCCCGUAUGGGACAAGCGGUUCAGAAAAUGUGUGUGUGUGAAUCAUUUUUGUACUGUAUGUAAAUAUGUCCCUGUUUAAGGAUCUAUAUUUGAUUCUUCAAAUUCUGAUAAAGAACCUUCUUUUUUCAGCCGAGCAAUGGUGGAGUUUGAUUUCAUGUGUUGCCUGUGCUGCUCAAGGAACCAGGCAGUAAAAAGUAUGAGUGACAGUGGUCUUUCUGUGCUGCUUUGUCUGCAUUUCAGCACAGUUUGUGGUUUGUCUGGGGGACAGUUGCACCAGCGCACCCCAUGUUUCAUAUAUGAAAUCGCUGAAAGAUUGUGCACAUCCACAUUUGGAAUGUUUCUGUUAAAUUAACAGUCAAAAGUUUGGGCACAUAUUGGCAGUCCCAUAAAACUUGUGUUUGACAAAUUAGAAAGAAAAAAAAAAAAAAACAUUUUUUAACACAAGUAUCCAAACUUUUUGCUGGUACUGUAUAUUUCCCUGCUAGUUGUUUGCAUGAAACACCAAAAUAUUGCACUUCUCCCUAUGCUAAAUCCAUACCAGAUAAUAUUCAUCUUGGUUUUUCUUAAGUGAUACUCUGUACAGCACCAAUAGGUGCCACUAUUGUAUAUGCUAUUGUUGGUUAGUAAAACUUCCAAUCUCUGCUUGUAGUCAGCCUACUUUUGGACUGACUUUAUGACUGCUGAAGUAAAGACAUAGUAGAUGAAGAUAAACUGAACAAAAACAGCGAUUUUGGAAAUAUGCAACCCUUUAUCCAUACUGUGCAGCCGUAUGCUGUCAGAAAAUAUAUGGAUGCAGUAUCAUUGUUCCGUCUGUGUAAUUUGUUUUGCUUGAAACAGGGAAAUCACUUUAGACAUAAUGAAUAAAAGCUUAAUAAUAGACACCUCUCAUUUUAUUAUUUAGAUUCUGUUCUGUCAGAUGUAAGACUAAUACAAUGAUUAAUGCCAGAGGUACAUGAAAAUUCAAGCAAAUGUAGAAUGAUUUGACAAUGAAAAUACAAUGUCUCUGCAAACUAAUUUUUAAUGCCCCUUGUUGAUGGAUUUAGGACAUAAUCAUGCUUAGUGUCUGUCAUCAUGUUGUUGAUCAACAAUACUCCCAAGCACCACACGCGAGCUGUGAAUGUUACGUGAACUGAAUUAAGUGGGUCCCACGUGUUUGUUCCGGUUGGGCACAAUUUACUCUCACCUGUCAGCUAGGGGCAUAAAGACAAGUCAUCUGA